AUGUUUAGGAUCCCUUUAAGGCGUACCGGUGUCAAGACCGGUACUUUAUGUAUAAGACCAAUAAGAUCUUACGCGAUCAAAUACACGAGGACAACUUCAACAGCUUCUACGGCUGGGAAAGUCUCGAAAAAGGCAGUGCCAAUAGAAGUGGCCAAAGAAGAGGUGGGAGGAAAAGAAAGUAACUCUGUUCUGAACGGAGCAAAGGAUACAUUUGAAGAUAUAAAAGAAAUGUCACAAGACUCGCCUAAUCCUCUUGAGGAUUUUCUCCAGCCUCGGAAAAAUGGAGUUGGUAUAGACUGGGCAGAUUCAUUCCACGGAAUUGGUUCUAAACCGUUUUCCAAAGAAGCAGCCGAUAUAUUAAUGGCCCCUGUUUCUAAGGAAGAUAUUGAAAUCAAACCUGAUGGAAUAUUAUACUUGCCCGAGAUUAAGUAUCGACGUAUAUUAAAUCGUGCUUUUGGACCAGGUGGAUGGGGUUUAGUACCACGUAGUGAGUCGCUUGUGACAAAUCAACAAAUAUCAAGAGAAUAUGGUCUUAUUUGUCAUGGUAGACUAGUGAGUAUUGCUAGAGGCGAGCAAGAUUAUUUUGGUGGCGCCGAAAAGAUUACCACUGCACUAGAAGGCUGUAAGAGUAAUGCAUUAAUGAGAUGUUGCAAAGAUUUAGGUAUUGCUAGUGAAUUAUGGGAUCCUGAUUUUGUUAGAGAUUGGAAGCAAGAGUAUUGUGAAGAAGUAUGGGGCGAGCAUUCGGUUACAAAGAAGAAGAGAAAGUUAUGGAAGUUGAAAAGAGUAAAACUGUUAGCACCUCCUUACCAAAGAGCUUGA